CCGGCUGGCUGCUCAGUUCGCCUCUUCUGGUUUUACUUCGCAGCCUUUGUUGUUUGUUUUUAUUUCCCCAAUUCCUCUGCAGUGAAAAGUUUUCAUCACAGCCCUCUUCCCUCUCCCCCCUUUUUUCGUCCCCCCCAGACAGUACAGCGGUACUCAUCAGCUUAGGCAGCGAAAUAGAGAUGGAGCAUUUCGACGACCGGGACAAAGGUCAGAGGCACGGCCGGUCCAACGCUAAGAUGAACGGGGUGCCUAGCCCCACACACAGCGCCCACUGCAGCCUGUACCGGACCAGGACCUUGAAGACUCUGAGUGCCGAGAAGAGGGCCAAGAAAGUUCGCUUCUACCGCAACGGGGACCGCUACUUCAACGGGAUCGUGUACGCCAUCUCCUCAGAUAGGUUCCGGACCUUUGACGCACUGCUAGCCGACCUGACCCGCUCUUUGUCUGACAACGUCAACUUGCCCCAGGGGGUCCGGACUAUCUACACCCUGGAUGGCAAGAAGAUCGCUAGUAUCGAUCUGCUGGUUGAAGGUGAAAGCUAUGUCUGCAGCUCCAUAGAGGCCUACAAAAAGCUGGAUUACACAAAAAACGUAAACCCCAACUGGUCAGUGAAUGUCAAGGCCUCGUCCUCUUCAUCACGUGGGCCUCCGUCCCUGAGCUGUGCCAAAGCUUGUGCCUCAGACGGCCGAGAAGGCAAGGACUUCAUCCGUCCAAAGCUAGUAACGGUGGUUCGAAGUGGAGUUAAGCCCCGCAAAGCCGUGAGGAUCCUGCUGAAUAAGAAAACAGCCCACUCCUAUGAGCAGGUUCUGACCGAUAUCACUGAUGCCAUCAAGCUCGACUCUGGGGUGGUGAAGAAAAUCUACACAUUGGAGGGCAAACUGGUUGCAUGUCUGCAGGACUUCUUUGGUGAGGAGGAUAUUUUUGUGGCCUGUGGACCAGAGAAGUUUCGCUACCAUGAUGACUUGAUGUUGGAUGAGUGUGAAUGCCGCAAGAUGAAGUCAGUGACCUAUGGCAAGAUGUCAGGUUCUCUCAACCGAUGCUCUCCCAGGACUGUCAUGCAAUCACAUCGCAGCAAGUCCCCAGCUUCUGUGAACGGGACGCCAGCCAGUCAGCAGUCCACUUCUCAUUCGGGGAAAUCUCCCACCCCUUCCCCAACCAGCCCAGGCAGCCUCAGCCGACGCCAGGGGUCACUGGGUUCCUCCACCUCUUUGUCUUCCGCCCAGGUUUCUAGCCCAGCGGAUGACAGCAAUGACGUCAAUCCUGAAACUGAGAUUCUCCAGGACGAAGUUCCCGCUGUGCCGUCCUACAUAUCGGACCGCUACAGGGUGGGCCGGAUGCUGGGCGACGGGAACUUUGCAGUUGUGCGCGAAUGCGUGGAGCUCUCUACAGGAAGGGAGUACGCUCUGAAGAUCAUCAACAAGGGCAAAUGCAGAGGCAAGGAACACAUGAUUCAGAAUGAAGUGGCCAUCCUCCGCAGGGUCAAACACCCAAAUAUUGUUUUACUCAUUGAGGAAAUGGACACUUAUAAUGAGCUUUACCUGGUCAUGGAACUGGUCAAGGGGGGAGAUCUGUUCGACGCCAUCACCUCUGCCAACAGAUACACGGAAAGAGAUGCCAGUGGGAUGCUCUACAAUCUGGCCAACGCCAUCAAAUACCUCCACAGCCUCAACAUCGUGCACAGAGACAUCAAACCAGAAAACCUGCUGGUGUAUGAACACGCAGAUGGCAGCAAAAGUCUGAAACUGGGAGACUUUGGUUUGGCGACGCUGGUGGAUGGACCCCUCUACACAGUCUGCGGGACCCCAACAUAUGUAGCACCUGAAAUUAUUGCAGAGACAGGGUACGGCCUUAAGGUGGACAUCUGGGCAGCUGGAGUCAUCACCUACAUCCUAUUGUGUGGUUUCCCACCUUUUCGAGGGAGCAGUGAGGAUCAAGAAGCCCUUUUUGAUCAGAUACUGAUGGGGCAGCUUGAAUUUCCUCUUCCGUACUGGGACAAUGUGUCAGAGACAGCGAAGGAUCUGAUCCGGUCCAUGCUGGAGGUGGAGGUGGACCAGAGAUACACUGCCCUCCAGGUGCUGGAGCAUCCUUGGGUUACUAAUGAGGGUUUGUGUGAAAACGAACACCAGCUGUCUGUAGCGGGAAAGAUAAAGAAGCACUUCAACACUGGGCCCAAGGUCAACGACACCAACGCGGGGGUGUCAGUCAUUUCUGCCACCCCUCUUGAUAAGGAGGGGCAGAUUCUCAGACGAAGACGCCACCCGAAUGUGAAGCCGUCGCCUUUGCAGAUGAUCCAGACUGUGAACGCAGAAACGACAGCGAGGGCACUCCGGCCUGAGCCUCCCAGUUGCCUCCCCGGCUUGCCCGCAGACCCUCCCUGUCCGACCCCUGACUCUUGCUCCGACCCCUCCUCGGAUCCAAGCCCCCUGUCGGACUCCGAUGAUGUCUCCAUCAGCUCGGUCAGCACAGUCUGCUCCCCCAGCUCACCCUUCUAGCGAUUAGAUGGAGGGGGAGGGGGAGGAGAAGCAAGGAGGAAAUCCUCAUCCAGCUCCUCCUGUACAGAGGAGAAGGAAGAGGAGGAAAAGGAGAUGAAACUCCAUACCUGACUGUGGAGAAAAGACAUUUAAGAGAGAAUUUUUAAAAUCCCCUAAAUCCAUCUAUCUAAUUCAAGAGGAGAGAUUGUUGGAGGGGUGGAAGUAGAAAGAUGAACUUCCUUUUAUUUCUUUUGAACAUUCUCUCAUCUGAGCACAUGUCGAGCUCAAGGAGCAAGAAAGGGCGAGAAUUGUUUGCCUUUCAGUGAUGAUCCGGGCCAAACAUGGAAACUUCCUCACUUCUGGAGUGGCUCAAAAUGGCAAUAUGAGAACAUUGAUUGAUGUUCAUGUUUUAUUGAACCUUAUUUAACCAUGAUUUAUUUACUACAUUUUUUAUACGCAUUGCUCUUUUUCAUAGAGGUAAAAAAAAAAAAAAUGUUGUCGUCCUAAAGAGCGUAGUGGAAUAAAAAUGAAAGAGACAUGUAGAAAUAGAACUGGGACAUAUUAACCUAGGCUGAGGUAGACUUGGUCAACACUGGAAUCAGAGCUACGGGAAGCAGAAAUUUGUAAAGAUGUUCAGAGACUUGUGCUACAGCUCUGCUCCACUUGAGCUUCGCCUAACACAGGGUUUACAUGUUAUAAAGACGAUAAUGGUGCAUCUUCUCUCUUCUUUACACCUGCUAUGGUCACAACAUCUUAAACCAGAAGAUACAGCAGCAUCCAAAUGCUUGUAGCAGACAUCUGGACCACUUUUUCUGAACACACUCAUGUUGCACUGACACUUCAUUGAUCUUUAUUUUCAACCAACGCCACCGUUGUAAUCCAUUAAUAUUAAGCUGCAUCUCAUCAAAUUAGAAAAUAAUUGAAAAGUUCAUUUAUUUCAUCAACUUGAUUCAAACUGUGAAACUCAUAUUCACCAGAUUUAUAACACAAAUGAAUUCAGAUGUGUAUUUUAAUAUGACGUUUCAAAAUCAUCUUAAGAUUCCCCAUACACUUUUUUCUUCCACUCAAUUUUCCAUCCGUAUUCUUGUAUACAGCACUGUGUGCAAAGCUAACUUCUUCUGCAAUUACCUUUUUUUGUUGAUGUUGGUCGGCUGGACAACUAUCAAGUCAUUACUUCCACAUAACUGUAGACUCUCAUAAAAUAACAUUUCCAUUUUAACAGUUUUUUAUUUGUCUUAUGUGAUAAUCUGGUUUUUCAUGACAUCAAUUAUUAUUAGCAGAAGUAAACUAUUUUAAUAUAUUCCUCAGUUUAUAGUAUAUUUUCAGUUGUUGAAUUUAUUUAAUGUCAUCAGUGAACUUUAAUUCUGAUUUACUGAGAUGCACCUUUAUGCCAACAUUUAAGAACAGUAUGAUUGUUGUGGUCCAAAUGCUUCUUAAAUGUGUACUGAAGGGUAUGAAGUGAUACCUAUUUACACAAAUGUUUUGCAGUCUUUUUACAGUUAAAGAUGACAGAAACAAUGGCAGGAUGGAUGAAAACCAGCAGCACUCGUGCAAAGCAGUUAAAACAUGGAGGAUGGCUUGUUUAAGCUCUGUAAACCUCAUUCAUGACUUCAUUUAUUUAGAUGAAAGCAUGACAGACAUACAGUAGCCUAUUCUUAUAAUUAAAAAAAAUGUUUAGUGUUGAAGUAUUGUUUAUAUGUUAUGUAAAUAACAGUUUUAUUUAUUUUGAUAGUUCACAAUACAGUAUAUUUCUUUACUAGUAGUAAAUAUAUGACAAUUGUAAAAAACUAAAAAAAAAAACUAAAAAAUGAAACAAAAAGAAUCAUGUCUGAUUCAAUAAGCAAAAAGAUAAAGAAAAAAAGAAAUAUAAAUUAAAUUAUCUGAUCAAAAUGGAGAAAAAAAACUACAAUUGAAAUGAAUAGUAUCAUUUUUACCUGAUGUUUCACCUAGAUAAAUCCACACAGUCAAAUAUACAUUUGUGGGGGAAAAAUAGAAACCAUAAUUUUUGCUUCAUUGUCAGUUCUAACAAAGAUGCCACUGUGUGCAAAAUCAGACAGUAAUUUUGAUUUUCAGUUACUGAUGUGAAGGGAGAAAUGCAGAAUUGCACUUGUUUUUUAUUAUUAUUAAUUUUAGAGAUUUUAAAGCAGUUGUGUAAUUUGUCUGUGUUUCUGCAUUUCUUCCUAUUGAGACAUUUACAUAGUAAUGUGCUGCAGUGUGAAUAUGUUGUGCUGAUGAAACCCACACUCUCCGGUACACGGUUAACCAAAGUGCUCUCACUGCUGCUCUACUGCAUUCAGCCUUUCCUGAAUACUGAUAUCUGUACCUCUCUUCAUCAAUGGUCUGUCAAUAAUCAAAAAUAAUAAUUAAAACACCUUU